GCCGAGCCAACUACCAUAGCCUUGCUUUCUCUCAAUACCUCUGGUAUUUGUAUUUAUUCGAAUAGCCUCAUAUACUGUAAAUACAUAUACAGAUAUACAGAUAGAUAUCUUAUAUCUCGAAAUUAUAUAUAUUUUUAAAUGCAUUAGGUAGAGACCACAACAUCCAACAGUAACGUUUGCUAGCAUGCUAACACAGACAAAAGUGGUUUAGUUACCUGUAUCUUUGCAGCUAAUUUUAGCGAUUUUUCCUUUUGAUAUACGGAAUGGUAACACUGACCAACCUGAACAAAAGUAGCUAAAAGUUACUAUCUCUUAACUUUAGCUAGCUGCUCAUAGACAGUUUGCCAUGAUGUCCGCAGCCAUCAUAACCUUCCAGUCUCAGCUCUCCGGGGUCAUGGAGACGGUCCUUAAGUCUGCCAUGUACGAGAUCACCAGGCUGGUGGAGGAUAGUUUCCUGGAGGAGGUGUCCCGGAACCGGGAGCAGGUCGAGUCACUAAAGAAGCGGCUGCAGUGGUCGGAGAACAGAGAGGGAGACCAGAGGGGGAAGUGUGGGGAGUGUGGGAGAGCUGGCAAGGAAGGUCAUGAGAUAAGCUUAGGAACUUCACAGACAGGUGUGGAGAGGGGGCGUGGCCUGAAGCAGGAGAAGGUAUCAGGGGAGGAGUGGAGCAGCUGUGGGGGUGUGGCCAGGGAAACAACCUUCAAUGAUCUGGAGGAGGCUGAGGCCACCAGCCCUAGGAGAAUCUCUGAGUCCAGAGAGGUCGGAGGUCAGAAGCUGGACAGUCUGCUGAAAGAGGAGGCUCUCCACAACACUGAGCUACAGGAGAGAUGGGAGUUCUGCCUGGAUGGGGCCGAUGGUUCAGACGUCUCGGGGCCCAGUAAGAGUUUUAUUCAGCAGGAUCUACAGCAGUGCAGUCUAGACCAGAGGCCUGAACCACCAGGCCCCGAGGGAGACUCGGGGGACCCCACCAACCCUCUCUACCGCCCCCACUACAGCAUGGAGGAACUAGGGGGUGACUUUGAUAAGUCUGGUUACUGCAGUGGCGGUAGUGGCGACCAUCUUCUAGACAUGGAAGGGCUGGAUAGGCUUCCUGGUUCUCCGUCUCGUCUGGGGGCGCUGAGCUACGGAGCUGUGGGUCACUACCAAGUGAACCUGGGGGGUUUAAGGGGGGCGAGCAUCACGAUCGCUCCCACAUGCCUGGCCCCCAUCGGAUCCGGAGGGAGCAGGUGGAGUCGCCAACGCCAUCUCCCCACCCAGAGGCGGGAGACCUGAACUGCCUGUUGAUCAAUGAGGAGGGGUACCUGCAGGACUCCAGUGUCUUGUACCCUGAACACGGUGUCCCAGAGUUGGGUAACAGAGCCGGCCACAGGGGGCUAACCUCCAUCCACUCUGGAAGCUCAGCCCACAACAACAACACAGAGAGCCUGUAUGAUGCCGCUGACGAUUUUGGACUCUCUUUAAACCUCAGAGAUCGUUCACAAGAGCAGGUAACAGGAGUAGGGGUGAGGCGUCAUGCCUGCAAUCAAUGUACCAUGAGCUUCCCAGACGCUGGUUCCCUCAAGGCCCACAAGCAGACACACAAAACGGGGAGAGGGAUGAGUUCAGGGUCUGGGCCUCCGUACUCCUGCACCCAGUGCGGUAAGACCUUCACCCAGGCCUGCAACCUCAAGGUCCACCAGAGGGUCCACCAGGCAGAGGGACUCCACCUCUGCAGCCACUGCUCCAAGGGCUUCACCUCCUUCUCCGACCUGAAGAGGCACAAGUGCAGCCAGACCACAGACAAGCCCUACUGCUGCUCCAUCUGUGGGAACAAGUUCAGUCGGCUCUGGAACCUCAAGCUGCAUCAGCGCAUUCACACGCAGGAGAAACCCCACCGCUGCACUAUGUGUGACAAGAGCUUCACACGGGUGGACAUUUUGAAGGUACACCAGCGCACACACACUGGGGAGAGACCGUACUGCUGUGCUGUGUGUGGACUCUGCUUCAAACGACUAGCCCAUCUAAAGUUACACCAGCACAAACACAGGCCGGAUUUCCUGGCCUGAGCGGUGGCCUAGAACAGUGAUUUCAACACUGUGAGGCAUGGGUUCCUCCAAUUUCUUUUAAAUAUAUAUAUAUAUAUAUAUAUAUAUAUAUACUUACAGUCCAUUCAAAAGUUUGGACACACCUACUCAUUCAAGGAUUCUUCUAUAUUUUUUAAAUUUUCUACAUUGUAGAACAAUAGUGAAGACAUCAAAACUUUGAAAUAACACAUGGAAUCAUGUUGUAACCAAAAAAGUGUUAAACAAAUCAAAAUAUAAUGAUUUAUUUUUUCAAUAUACAUUUUUCAAGUUUCUUCAAGUGCAGUGGCAAAACCAUCCAUCGCUAUGAUGAAACUGAAUCUCAUGAGGUCCGCCACAGAAAAGGAAGACCCAGAGUUACCUGGUCAAUGACAUUCGAUGGAUUGGACAUUAGACCGGUGGAAAUUUGUCCUUUAGUCUGAUGAGUCCAAAUUUGAGGUUUUUGGUUCCAUCCACAUGUGUGGGUCCCACCGUGAAGCAUGGAGGAGGUGGUGUGGUGGUACUUUGCUGGUGACACUGUAUGUGAUUUAUUUAGAAUUCAAGGCACACUUAACCAGCAUGGCUAACACAGCAUUCUGCAGUGAUAUGCCAUCCCAUCUGGUUUGUGCUUAGUGGGACUAUCAUUUGUUUUUCAACAGGACAAUGACCCAAUACACUUCCAGGCUGUGUAAGAGUUAUUUGACCAAGAAGGAGAGUAAUGGAGUGCUGCAUCAGAUGCUCAACCAAUAGAGAUGGUUUGGGAUGAGAUGGACCGCAGAGUGAAGGAAAAGCAGCCAACAAGUGCUCAGCAUAUGUGGGUACUCCUUCAAGACUCUUGGAAAAGCAUUCCAGGUGAAGCUGGUUCAGAGAAUGCCAAGAGUGUGCAAAGCUGUAAUCAAGUCAAAGGGUGGCUAUUUGAAGAAUCUCAAAUAUAAAAUAUAUUUUGAUUUGUUUAACAGUUUUUGGGGGGUUAUUACAUGAUUCCAUGUGUUAUUUCCUAAUUAUAAUGUCUUCACUAUUAUUCCACAAUGUAGAUAACAAGUAGAAAUAAAACCACUUGGUGUGUAGGUGUUCUAAAACUUUUGACUGGUAGUGUGUGUAUGUAUAUACAUACAUACAUACAGUGCCUUCGGAAAGUAUUCAGACCUCAUGACUUUUUCCACAUUUUGUUACUUACAGCCUUGUAAAAUGUAUUGUUUUUUUCCCUCAUCAAUCUACACACAAUACCCCAUGAUGAUGGGGAGUGUUGCUGCACAGCUAUUUUCAGGUCUCUCCAGAGAUGUUUGAUCAGGUUCAAGUCUUGUCUUGCUCCGUUGAUCUUUCCCUCGAUCCUGAACAACAUCCCCACAUCAUGAUGCUUCCACCACAAUGCUUCACCGUAUGGAUGGUGGCAGAUUAGAUGUGAAGCUUGGCUUUUUAUUUUUUUUAUUUCACCUUUAUUUAACCAGGUAGGCCAGUUGAGAAGAAGUUCUCAUUUACAUCUGUGACCUGGUCAAGAUAAAGCAAAGCAGUUCGACAAAAAAAACAACACAAAGUUACACAAACAGACGUACAGUCAAUAACACAAUAGAAAAAUCUGUAUGCAGUGUGUGCACAUUUAGAAGAGUAGGGAGGUAAGGCAAUAAAUAGGCCAUAGAGGCGAAAUUAUUACAAUUUAGCAUUAACACUGGAGUGAUAGAUGUGCAGAUGAUGAUGUACAAGUAGAGAUACUGGGGUGCAAAAGAGCAAGAGGAUAAAUAAUAUGGGGAUGAGAUAGUUGGGUGUGCUAUUUACAGAUUGGCUGUGUACAGCUACAGUGAUCUGGCAUUCAGGCCAGAUUUCAAUCUUGGUUUCAUUAGAUCAGAUAAUAUUGUUUCUCAUGGUCUGAGAGUCUUUAGGUGCCUUUUACUGAGGAAUGGCUUCUGUAUGGCCACUACCAUAAAGGCCUAUUGGUGGAGUGCUGCAGAGAUGGCUGCCCUUCUGGAGUGUUCUCCCAUCUCUACAGAGGAACUCCGGAGCUCUGUCAGAGUGACCAUCAGGUUCUUGGUCAUCUCCCUGACCAAGGCCCUUCUCACCCGAUUGCUCAGUUUGGCCGGGCGGCCAGCACUAGGAAGAAUGAUGGGGACCACUGUGUACUUGUGGACCUUCAAUGCUGCAGAAAUAUUUUGGUAAGAUCUGAGUCUCAACACAAUCCUGUCUCGGCGCUCUACGGACAAUUCCUUCAACCUCAUGGCUUGGUUUUUGCUCUGACAUGCACUGUCAACUGUGGGACCUUAUGUUGACAGGUGUGUGUGCCUUUUCAAAAUCAUGUCCAAUCAAUUGAAUUUACCACGGGUGGAAUCCAAUCAAGUUGUAGAAACAUCUCAAGGAUGAUCAAUGGAAACAGGAUGCACCUGAGCUCAAUUUCGAGUCUCAUAGCAAAUGGUCUGAAUACAUUUUUUUUAAUACAUUUGCACAAAUUUCUAAAAACCUGUUUUCGGUUUGUCAUUAUGGGGUAUUCUGUGUAGAUUGCUGUGGAUUUCAAUUUAUUUAAUCAAGGCUGUAACGUAACACAUUUGAAAAAGUCAAGGGAUAUGAAUCCUUUCCGAAGGCCCUGUAUAUACUCAGUCCAGCUCUGAAAGUUGUAAUAGUGGAAUGCACAAGGUGUAAUUUCGAAAUUGGGUAGUAAAUCAUCAGUUCCUCUUGUCAUGUUAGUCAUUGCACACCUUAGAGAGCUAUUUAUAACUUGUCAGAAAUGUCCAGAUCAACGAGCCCAUGUCAACUAAAGUUUUUUAAAUGUAUAUCUUACAAAAACAAUUUUACUGAGUUACAGUUCAUAUAAGGAAAUCAGUCAAUUGAAAUAAAUAAAUUAGGCCCUAAUCUAUGGAUUUCACAUGACUGGGCAGGGGAGCAACCAUGGGUUGGCCUGGGAGUGCAUAGACCGACCCACUGGGAGCCAGGCCCAGCCAAUCAGAAUGAGUUUCUCCCCACAAAAGAGCUUUAUUACAUACAUAAAUACUCCUCAGUUUCAACAGCUGUCUGGGUGGCUGGUCUCAGACAAUCCCGCAGGUGAAGAAGCUGGAUGUCGAGGUCUUGGGUUGGCAUGGUUACACUUGCGGUUGUGAAGCUAGUUGGAUGUACUGCCAAACUAUUGACAAGUAUGUUGGAGGCGGCUUAUGGUAGAGAAAUGAACAUUCAAUUAUCUGGCAACAGCUCUGGUGGACAUUCCUGCAGUCAGCAUGCCAAUUACACACUCCCUCAAAAUCUGAGACAUCUGUGGCAUUGUGACAAAAAUGCAAAUUUUAGAGGCCUUUUAUUGUCCCCAGCUCAAGGUUCACCUGUGUAAUGAUCAUGCUGUUUAAUCAGCUUCUUGAUAUGCAACACCUGUCAGGUGGAUGGAUUAUCUUGGCAAAAGAGAAAUGCUCACUAACAGGGAUGUAAACAAAUUUGUAUACAACAUUUGAGAGAAGUAAGCUUUUUGUGUGAAUGGAACAUUUCUGGGAUCUUUUAUUUCAGCUCAAGAAACAUGAGAUCAACUCUACAUGUAUUUACAUUUUUGUUCAGUAUAGGUUAUUUAGCCCAUAGAUCUUGACAAGUUUGUCAGUCAAAUAACACAUACAUACACAUUAGACAUGGCCCAAUGUAUAGAACUGCAAGAAAAGGAGCUUUAAAACAGCAACAUUUCCUUUGCAUCCCAUGACAAAAUGUGUAGAAUUGCAGGAAAUAAGCUUUAAACCCAGCAACAUUCUCUCCACCAAGAGCGGCAUGAACAGUUGGUGUCAAUAGAAAUAGACGUGUUAGAUUCUGGGUUAAACUUUGAACAAAGUUAUACUCAGAAGAAUAGUAUCUAACGGUGAGGGACUGGUUUUUACUUCAGAAGUUAAUGGUCUGUAGGAGCCAGAUGGCUUUGGAAUGUGUAAGGGAGACGUGUGGAGAUCUUAGAACCUAACAAUGUCACUGAGGGAGAGAGGGUAAUGUAUAAUGUUUACAUUAUGUCAGGAUAUGUUAUUGUUAGCCAUCAAGGAUCCUCUGGGAGAAGAGACACUGUCUGUCAAUCACCAUGACAGCCUUGAGUUGAAGAGACUCAGCCUAGGAGAAAGGGUUGUCAGGGUUGUACUUGUGUGAAAUGUUGUUUGUCUGAAUGCAGCUCUAUCGACCCUUUGGGAAGAAUUAAACUUGGAUAAGCUUU